AUGAAGGACGCCCAGGUUGCAGCUGAGGCCAGGUUGGCGGAGGUUGUGGAUGACUCCACGAACUCCAACACCGUUCUGACGAGCGAGCUAGAUGAGGAGAGGAAGGCGCGGAAAGCGACGGAGCGUCUCAUUGAGACCAUGACCACCGAUCACCGGGAAUACGAUCGGUUGGUUAUGAAGAUAGAUGCGCUCGCUCUCCAGCAUUUCCCGGAAUCUCAGGUCUAUGCCGUGAAGAAGGUUUUGGCCCAGAACCCCACCGGAACCACACACGCUGACAACCGGCACCGCGCCAGCUACCUCCACCAAGCCAUGCUGUUGCCGCUCGCCCGCCGCCUGCUGCGCGGCCCGCCCGGCCGCCGCCUCCUGCACACUACCCCGCCGACGGACCCAGCCGUCCUCGCCUGCCGCCUGGCCUCCCGCGCCGUGGUCCGCUUCCGGGGCCCGGAGGCGGCGCGCUUCCUCAACUCGCUCCUCACCAACGACCUCCUCGCCCGCGCGCCCUCCUCCGAGCCGGCCCGCUACGCGCCCACGCCCAACGUGCCCGCGCGCGCGCCGCGCCCCGUCUACGCCGCGCUGCUCACGCCGCAGGGCCGGUUCCUCUACGACCUCGUCCUCUACCGCCCCGCCCCGCGGUCCCAGAUGCUCGACCGCACCGGGUCCGCGCCCGAGACCGGGGAGAGGCCCGACGGGGCGGAGGAGGAGGGGGAGGUGCUCGCCGACGUCGACGCCGCCGAGGUUGAGGAGCUGCUCGCCUGCUUCAAGAGAUAUCGGCUUAGGAGCAAGGUUGAGAUAGAUAAUGUGAGUGACGAGUUCUUGUGCUGGCAAAGAUUUGGAACCGAUGUGGCACAUGUUGAGCCUUCCACUCAAGAACCUGAGGCUCAAUCCAUUGGAUGGGGACAAGGUACUGACCAUGCUGCCGAGUCAUCUGCACAAGGGAACGGUCAUGGUUGGCAGUGGCUCAAAGAUCCCCGGCUCGAUAUUCUUGGAUACAGAGGAAUCUUUCCGGCUGAUACAAUACCACCGCUUGUUGAGGCUGACAAGGAAGCAGAUGAGCGCCAUUAUUUACUCUGGCGCAUAGAGAAUGGGGUUGCAGAGGGCUCAACUGAGAUACCGAAAGGCGAAGCAAUUCCACUCGAGUACAACUUCGCAGGCCUGAAUGCUAUUUCAUUCGAAAAGGGCUGCUAUAUUGGCCAGGAGCUUAUUGCACGGACGCACCACCGCGGUGUCAUUAGAAAGCGCCUGAUACCCUUGAAGUUUGUAGAUGAAAACGACAAAGAACUCGAGCAGGCUGUUGCUCCAGGAUCUGAUGUCGUGGACGAGGUUUCCGGUAAGAAAGUUGGUACAGUAAGCACCGCUCUCGGCAGCCGUGGAAUGGGCCUGUUGCGACUAGAUGAAGCACUGAAGCAAAAUUCAUCCCUUGCCAUCAGCGAUAAUAGGGAUGUAAGGGUGAGGGCGAUUAAACCAGACUGGUGGCCGGUUGAGUGGACACAGGUAGUAGAACAGCAGAGCGCAGCUGCUUGAUCCCGCAAGUUCCAGUUCCUUCUCCAAAAUUGCCAGUAAUGCUUCUUUGGAUUUUAUAGAGGCAUAAUUGGACAGGUUUGGUUGACACUUUCA